CCUGUCGCCAUCUGUAGCACGACAUCGGCCAUGGGCAGCUCCCAAGGUAACCUACUUCAGCCGCGUGAUCAGACGUCGACAUUCAAGCUCAUCUCCCAGAAGCUUGUUUGCUCUGCUUGCUCUGUCUGCAUUGGAGUGCGUGAAUUCAUGAUGAAGACCCUCAGAAACAUCGUCGUUGCCUUUGCAGCCAGCAUUGGCAUCGUUGCGGCCCAAGUCGGCCCUCUAGAUGAGGACGGAAGACCAACAACCUAUACAGCAUAUGAGUUUGAUCAGCUCAUUGACCAUUUCCAAACUAGCUCAAGAUAUGCGCCAAACACGAAUGCCACUUUCAAGCAAAGGUAUUAUUUCGACAACACCUACUACAAGCCUGGAGGUCCGGUCUUUCUCUACAUCAGUGGCGAGACGAGCGGACCAUCGCGCUUUUCGAAUCUUCAGACUGGGAUCAUCCAGAUUCUGAUGAACGCAACCGGCGGACUGGGUGUCAUUCUUGAGAACAGAUACUAUGGUGAAAGCUACCCGUUUUCGAACUCUACGACCGACAAUCUGCGAUUUCUCACCACGGAGCAGACUAUUGCUGACAAUGCGUACUUUGCUCAACAUGCUACCUUCCCCAACAUCACUGGUGGAAACAACCUCACGGCCCCGGGUCAUCCGUGGAUCUUGUAUGGAGGUAGUCUUGCUGGUGCCCAGACGGCCUUUUCACUAGUUCAAUACAAAGGAUUGCUGUGGGGCGGCAUUGCUGCUUCAGGUGUGAUUCACGCUGUCCUGGGCUAUCCUGAAUGGUACGAUCCUAUACAAGAGAAUGGGCCCCAGGAUUGCAUCUCCCGCAUCAACAAUAUCAUCGACAAGAUGGACUACCUGAUUCAGCACAACAACACAAAAGCUAUUCAGCAGUUGAAAAAUAUCUUUGGGCUUGGAUCUUUGAGUGAUCUCAGAGAUUUCGCCAUGACUAUUGCCUUUCCACUGGGCGGACCAAUGAAUUAUCCUACCAGCACCUGGCAAGAGCUCAACUGGUAUCCGGCCUACGACAGUCCGGAUUUCUUCUGGUUUUGCAACAACAUUACCAACAUGGACGCCCCAGCAAACAUCACGGCAGUUGACAUGCAAUUGGCGAACUACACUAAUGGCUCGGCAUGGACGGGCCUGGGAGCAUAUGCGAACUACGUCAAAGAAGUGAUCGUCUCGACUUGUGACAGUCCAGACUUGAUCGAUACGACUGAGUGCUUCUCCACCCAGAAUGCUACUUUCUACGCCGACCCUACUAAUUCAGCCAGUCGCUCCUAUCUAUACAGUACAUGUAUCGAGCAAGGCGCAUACCAACUCCCGCAACCGUAUGGCAAACCAUCUCUCCUUUCCCGCGUCAUUGGUCUCGACUACACCCAACAAUGGUGCACGUGGGCAUUCCCGCCAGGCCCUCUCUCGCCUCAAGCUGUGCCAUCCCCAGACGGCCCAAACCUAACAUGGUACAACAAUUACGGUGAUUUUAACCUUACAGCGCCGAGGCUGGCGUUGAUUGAUGGUGGAAGCGAUGUGUGGCGGGAUGUAUGCUACCAUGGUCGCAAUGCCAGUACACGAUACGGGGCGAAUCAGAUGCUCAUCACCGGAGGCGGCCACCACUGGGAUAGUUCGGGAAUACUGAACAUUAGUGCAGAGCCGGACUUCAUCAAAGCUGCACAUGAGUGGGAGCUGCGGCAAGUGACGGGAUGGUUGGAUGAAUGGGAUUCGACUCAUGAUAAGAAGGUCAGAAAGAGGGAUGAGCUAUGAAGAGUAUGUGAGGAGUGGGUUCUGAAUCGGUGUCUUGAAAUAGAAAGAUUUAGAAUCUACAAUUUCCCAAGCCCUCGCCAUGUGUGGCUACGUGUUCUGUCAAGAGAAUGGAUUGUGUCACUGUAGCCACUCGCCAGGUUUGUA